AUGUCUGCCGAAUCAUUUGCUGCUCUGCGGAGGUCUGGAGGCGAUGAGCUUGCCAAACUAGCAGAGGAGCAUUUUAAACACGACUUGAACCAAGAGGAUCGCGACCUUGUUCGAAAGGCGGCCUCCAAAUUCAGCACCCAUGCCCUCAUCGGAAGUCUGGCAGGCAUUGCGUUGGGAGGAUUUCUCGCGUUCCGCAUUCGAGCAAACCGGACGCAAAUGUACCAAGCCUUCCGAACGGCUGAAAGACCUACACAUGUCCGAUUCGCCGAUGGAAGAGAAGAGGCAAUUCCAGAUCUCACAGAGCUGAUGAAGCCCACUCCUUUGGGAGAUAUUGCGACAUAUACAUUCUUUGGCCUGGGCGGACUGUUCGUGGGCGGCGAGACUGGUCUGCUUACUGGAAGCUGGUCUGCCAGGAGGACCAUUGGUAGCGACCCGGAGACGAAGAAGCGCGUGGAGCAGGCUUUCAGAUCGUUCAGAGCCGAUGUCUUGAGAAAACAGAUCGAGGAGUUGGAAGCUGGCAAGAAAGACUCUCUACUUGACAUCUAG